CCAAAAUUCACUCACAGCGCUUCAAACUUUCAACGUUCAGAUGUGGCUUUCAUUUCAUCUUUGAAUCCAUAAUUCACCAUCAUGUAAGAACUAAAUACCGAGAUGAUGUGAGCCAUACCCAAACACCCCGAUGGCUAUCCUAGGCCUGAAACAGUUCCCUGAUGGUUAAACAAAUGACAACAAACCGGAUGAGGACGUGAGUGUCCUGAUUUAACCAAGGCUCCCAGAUGGCUCUCUACAGCAGCCUGACCGUGGUUGUCUUGGUGGCUCUCGUCUCCGUACCGCACUCCACCGCAUCCGCCCGCGACCGCUGGUUCGGACAGUCGGACAGCUACGGCAACGAACCCUUGAUGCUGACCCCGCUACUGCGACAAGGGUUCGUCAAAAAAGCCCAAGCGGACAGCAGGGUUUACUCCGAAAACUUGAAACUCCUCCCUAAGAGCCACGCGGGGUUUAUCACCGUGGACAAUGUCAAGAAAAAUCACUUGUUUUUUUGGUACUUCCCUUCGCCAAAUGAAAGUGCGCCGCUUCUGAUAUGGCUGAACGGCGGACCCGCGGUGUCUUCGAUGCUGGGGUUGCUAUGGGAACACGGGCCCAUCGAGGCGAACAGAAGCAAGUACGGCUCGGAAGGAUUCGGGUUGAGAGAACACACCUGGGUCGGGCCGUACUCCGUUGUUUACAUUGACAACCCCGUCGGCACCGGGUUCAGCUUCUCCGAAUCCGGCGACGCCGGGUUCAAACUAACAAAAAAAGGCUACACCGACGACUUGUUCAACUUUGUCCUGCAAUUCAUGGACCUGUUUCCGGAAUACAAAGACAACGGUAUAUACCUCGGUGGUCAGUCCUACGCCGGGAAAUACAUCCCUGCUUUAGGGUAUCGACUUCAGCACGACGCCCCACAGAUUCCGCUCUCCGGAAUUAUAUUAGGCGGUCCCUACUUCGAUCCCCCGACGGAAAGCGUGGCGUUCUUCGAUUACCUCUACGCCGUCGGCGCCAUCAGCCACUACGACAAAACGACCAACCAAGAAAAAGUGAAAGACAUGUAUAAAAAUUUCACGAAGGGCAUGCAUGAGAACUCUACUUUUCUUGAGCUCUUUGAAGAUCUUGUACUGACUCGAGACUUGCCGUUGCCUUCUUUGGAUAAUUACGUCAAGGGGGAGGAUGCGGACUACAGCUUAGUGUUGUCGGUGUUGAAUCACCCUUACGUCCGAGAAGCCAUUCACGUUGGAGGGCAGGACUUUUACGUCUCCAACGAUAAUUUGUCUCUGAAGUACGGCCCCGACGUCAUGGUGAGUACCAAGAUGGAGAUGGCGUACCUGAUGGACAGGGUCAAGGUCUUGAUUUACAACGGAGAUUACGACGUGGUGGUCAGCUCGGUGAUGAUUGAGGAGGCUCUGUUGACCACGCCGUGGAGGUAUCAGUUCCAGUAUAACCAAGCUAAAAGAAAGAUAUGGAAUAUGAAUGCGGGCAAAAAGCUCAAGGGCUUCUACACGCAGAUCAACAACUUCUGCCGUGUGGUGGUCCACGGCGCCGGCCACCAGACGCCGCACGACAUGCCGGAAACUUCGCUGGAGAUGGUGACGAACUUUUUGAACCACGGAUGCAUCAAUCCGGAAAACUAUCAGGGUGUGGCUUGAUGUGCACACCUGGCCCCCAUCACGUGACUUUUUUAGUAUUCGUCCUGUUGAUACAGUUGCUUUGUGGUAGCCUAUGCUGAUGACGUCAUGUUUUAGGGGUUUUUGUUUUUGUUUCUAUGUUUAAUUUUUUUUUCUAGCUCAAGAAGUUUUUUUUUUUUUUUUUAAAUGCCAACAAGAAAUUUAAAUAAAUAAGUUUAAAACUGCAUACUUUAAUUGAAACAAAAGUUAACAAUAAACAGACAAUAUCAAUAGGAUUUUUUCUAAGACUAGCCGAUCCCAGGUGUAGUGUUGUAGCCAGGGGUGGAGUGGCUGUGUCCAAGAGGCCCAAGAAAUUUUAAAAGAGACCCCCCGAUCCCUAAUUAAAAUUUUCAUGGUGCGUUUUUUUUUUUCCCCCAUUAAAUUCUGAUGAUCAUCCUCAGCUUGAUAGAACUUCACCAAACUUUUUUUUUAUUUUUAAAGUCAG